CGGUAGGCCAGUGGGCGGGGCCGAGACGGGAGGGGCGCUCCCCCGCCCCCGGAACGGAAUCGUCGGGGAGCGGAGCAGGCUAGCGCGCGUGCAUCCCGCACCAUCCCUCGGCCCCCGGCCCUGGCCCCCGUCAGACAGAGCUGCCGCCGCCGCCGCCGCCUCAGAGCAGCAGCAUUCGGGAAUCCGGACCCAGCCGGGGCGGCGGGAGGCGGGGGCGCCGGGGCCCUGGAUGUCCCGCAGCGCGGCGGCCAGCGGCAGACCCAGGAGGCCUGAGCAGCAUCUGCCUCCAGCCCCCUGUGGGGCCCUGGGGCCCCCUGAAACCUCCAGGACGGAGCCAGACGGGGCGGGCACCAUGAACAAGUUACGGCAGAGCCUGCGGCGGCGGAAGCCAGCCUACGUGCCAGAGGCGUCACGCCCGCACCAGUGGCAGGCAGACGAGGACGCAGUGCGCAAGGGCACGUGCAGCUUCCCCGUCAGGUACCUGGGCCACGUGGAGGUGGAGGAGUCCCGUGGAAUGCACGUGUGUGAAGAUGCUGUGAAGAAGUUGAAGGCGAUGGGCCGGAAGUCCGUGAAGUCUGUCCUGUGGGUGUCAGCUGAUGGGCUCCGAGUCGUGGAUGACAAGACCAAGGACCUGCUGGUAGACCAGACCAUCGAAAAGGUCUCUUUUUGUGCUCCUGACCGCAACCUGGACAAGGCUUUCUCUUACAUCUGCCGUGAUGGGACCACCCGCCGCUGGAUCUGCCACUGUUUCCUGGCACUCAAGGACUCUGGUGAGAGGCUGAGCCACGCUGUGGGCUGUGCUUUUGCAGCCUGCCUGGAGCGGAAGCAGCGGCGGGAGAAGGAAUGCGGGGUCACAGCUGCCUUCGAUGCCAGCCGCACAAGCUUCGCCCGCGAGGGCUCCUUCCGCCUGUCUGGGGGUGGGCGGCCUGUUGAGCGAGAGGCCCCGGAUAAAAAGAAAGAGGCAGCAGCUGCGCCCAGUGCAGCUCCCGGCCCCGCCCAGCCUGGGCACGUGUCCCCAACACCGGCCACCACAUCCCCUGGUGAGAAGGGUGAGGCAGGCACCCCGGUGGCUGCAGGCACCACUGCGGCUGCCAUCCCCCGGCGCCAUGCCCCACUGGAGCAGCUGGUUCGCCAAGGCUCCUUCCGUGGGUUCCCGGCACUCAGCCAGAAGAACUCGCCUUUCAAACGGCAGCUGAGCCUACGGCUGAACGAGCUGCCAUCCACGCUGCAGCGCCGCACUGACUUCCAGGUGAAGGGCACAGUGCCUGAAAUGGAACCCCCUGGUGCCAGUGACAGUGACGGCAUCAACGCUCUGUGCACACAGAUCAGCUCGUCUUUUGCCAGUGCUGGAGCACCAGCGCCAGGGCCACCGCCGUCGGUGCCCACAGGGACUUCUGCCUGGGGUGAGCCCUCCAUGGCCCCUGCAGCUGCCUUCCAGCCUGGGCACAAGCGCACCCCUUCGGAGGCCGAGAGGUGGCUAGAGGAGGUAUCCCAGGUGGCCAAAGCACAGCAGCAGCAGCAGCAAGCGGCCUCAGUACCCACUGUGCCCUCGGUGCCCCCCGCCCUGCAGCCCUUCCCCACCUCCGUGGGGCCCUUUGAUGCUGCACCUGCCCAGGUGGCUGUGUUCCUGCCACCUCCACACAUGCAGCCCCCCUUUGUGCCCGCCUACCCGGGCUUGGGCUACCCGCCCAUGCCCCGUGUGCCCGUGGUGGGCAUCACACCCUCACAGAUGGUGGCCAACGCCUUCUGCUCAGCUGCCCAGCUCCAGACACAGCCCGCCACCCUGCUCGGGAAAGCUGGGGCCUUCCCACCUCCUGCUGUGCCCAGUGCCCCUGGGAGCCAGGCCCGCCCACGUCCUAAUGGGGCACCCUGGCCCCCAGAGCCAGCACCUGCCCCGGCCCCUGAGUUGGACCCCUUUGAGGCCCAGUGGGCAGCAUUAGAAGGCAAACCCACUGUAGAGAAGCCUUCCAACCCCUUCUCGGGUGACUUGCAGAAGACCUUCGAGAUUGAACUGUAGCCCAAGCCUCCCUGCCCACCCUGUUAUUUCCAGGUGCCCCACGUCGGGGAGUGGAGGCCCAAUCUUUCCCCUCAUCCUGCUCCCUGGGGCUGUGCCCCUCAACACCCCCUCUAACCCCUUCUCUCGACUACCCCCACAAGCACUACAGAACCGACAUGGUGACAGGUUGCAACAGGAUGGAAUUCAGGGACCGACCCAACCUGACUAAGGGACCCAUUUCACUGCCAGACUUCGGCUGGCAAUGGCCACAGAACCACUUUGCCCCCACCCCAGACACGGGGAUGGCCACAGUACCACUGAGUGCCCUCGGUUCAAGUUACAUUUCCCAGUUUCUGUUGUUGACCUUCCACUUUCCAGUGUUGGGUGGGAUGGGGGAGGAAUGCCCACUUGGGGGAUCUCCUGGGCCCCACACAGGUGCCCACCCCAAGGCUGGUUUUCCCUCCCCCAUACACAGCACAAGCAAAGGGCUUCCCUCUGCCCACCCGCUGCGUUCACUGCCAAUGCUGUGCUCACCCUUAUUACCCCUCCCCCCACUUGGGGGCCCACAUCUUCCUCUGGCCAAGGUCUCAUGGGGGCAGGGGCCAAGUUGGGGGCUCAGGAGUGGGGUAGAGGGAAGGGGAAGGAGUUGAUCAGUUACCUCACUUCGGUGCCCGUUGGGGAGGGGUCCAGAGGAAAGCGGAGGGGUGCCUGGCGGGUACUUUUCUAUCUUUUAUUUCCAGAUUUUUUUGUAUCUAAACUUGCAGAUUUGUAUUAUACAAGGACAGCCAAUAAAGGAAGAAUAUAAUGGUGCCCCUCGGGAAAGCGGGGUGUGUUUCCGGGGGUAUCCUUUCCUCCUGAGUCAUCCCCUAAAACAGGAGGGUCUCCCUGUGUAAUGACCUCUGAGUCAGAACAUAGCAGGUGACAGCUGACCCAACACUGGAGAGGUGAGUAGCAAAGGGUUCCCUAAAUUAAUCACCCCAUUUCUGAUUCUUACAGAUUUUGAACCAAAGAAUUUAAAAAAUUCUAAUCUGCUGCUAAUAAGUUCAGUAUUAAAAUUUCAAAUAAUGAGGUUUGGAAUAGUAUAUCUUUGAGUUGGCAAAUUCUUGUGUCGUCAGUUGUGUUUUCUGUAACUUAGGCCAAAGUGUCAUCUGAUGUGGCAGCAUGUUGUUUUUAAGUCUUUUAUUUCUUGGGUCCCUUGAUAUCAUCUACUAGAUAUAUAUUUUUAAGUAUAUAAAUAAUAUGUUUAAUUCUUUAUAGCUCUUUAAAAUGAGGUGAUUGAUUUGGUGAAACCCAAUAUUAUAUCCCCAUUUGAUAGAUGGGGAAGUUGGGUCACUUGCCCCAGGUCACAUAGCUGAUUAGUGGGGGUGCUGGGAUUCACACCAACCGCAAGGUCAGUCAGUAAACCACCGGGCUGUGAGAGAACAAACCUAGUUAGUGUCCCCGUCAAGAAUUCACAGCCCAUCACUCAGCUGUAGAUCCUGGACUAGGGGACAUGUGACAGGGCACCAAGGGGCUCCCCGGGGAGGGAGCAAAAGACUGCUGGAAAUGAGCCACACGUUCUCAUCUCCAAGCCUUUGUAGAUGCCAUUCCCUCUGCCUAGAACACCCUUUCCUGAUGCAUCUUAAUUAUCUCCUCUUCUUAGAAGUGGACCC